AUGGAAAAUAUUUUAAAUAAAUAUGAUGAUAAUAUAAUAAAUAGUCAAUAUGAAAGUUAUAUACCUCAAAUUACAACAGAAUUGAAUAAACCAAACCGAAAUACAAUAGUUAUAGUAGAUGGUAAAGAUAAAUUUCUGAACAUUAAAAAUUCAAAACUUUAUUUAUCAUUUGAAUAUGUACAAGAAGAUGGUUCUAAAUAUCCAGCAAAAUCUAAUGUUAUGAUAUCUGAUAAUGGUGGAGCAUUUUUGUUUCAAAAAAUUACAAUCAAAUUAAAUAAUAAAAUUAUAGAUGAAAGUGAUAAUACUGGAAGAUUAAGUACAGUAAAAGGUUAUAUGAGUUAUGCUGUUGAUGGAAAUGGUCCUACACAAAAUUCAGGAUUUGAAUCUACAUCUCAAGGGGGAGGAAGUGUCGAGCUCAUCAUUCCUUUAUCACACUUUGGUUUAGGAUCAAUGAAAGAUAUAAAAAGUCCUCUUUACAAUGCUAGAUUUGAAAUAAUUUUUACGAGAAACACUGAUGAUGAUGCGUUGAUUCUAGAAACAAACACUGAAGCUACAGCAGAUACAAAAAAUAUUAAAGCAAAACGUGGUAAAAUUAAUAUUUUAGAAUUAAAAGUUCAAAUGCAAAAUAUAGAAUAUGAUGAAAUAACAAAAAUUCAAAUAGUUGAUGCAUUAAUUAAGAAUCCAUGUAUUUUAGCUUUUAAAAAAUGGCAAAAUAUUGAAGUAAGAAAUCUUACUGGAAAAAAGAUAAGAUUUGAUGUAACAAAUAAUUAUCGAAAUAAUAGACAUCCAUUGUUUGGUGUUGUUUAUUUUCAAAAAAACAGAUUAGACAAUCAAGAAAGUAAUGCUUGUUAUUUUGAUCAUUGUGAUGUUGUAAAUUAUUCUUUUGAAGUAAAUGGAAAAAAAUAUCCUAAUGAAUUACAAAAUCAAGAUUUUAAUGAUAUAAAAUGUUGUCAAUCAUAUGAAGAUCAUAUGAGUUAUAAAAAAACCUAUUAUAAAUCACAUGAAGAAAAUCCAUUAAUGUAUUUAGAUAAAUUACAAUUUAGACAAAAGAGACCAUUUUUUGUUGUUAACAUGACUAGACACCCUAAUCAAAUUGCAAUCUCCAACUGUACAGUAAUUUUAAACUUAGAUUUCAGUCAAAAUUUACCUGAUAAAACAAUUUGUUAUAUUUGUUUAAUUUCUAGUGCAGUGUAUAUGUUUGAUAUUGAAAGAGGAAUAGUUGAUGAAAGCUAUUAA